UAUGCGAGAGGCAACUUCUCCGGGAUCCUCGCGCGCCCCGCCGCCUGUCGCCUACAACAGCCCGCAUCAUCAUCAUCAUCAUCAUCACCAUCAUCAUCAUCAUCAUCAUCAUCAUCAUCACCACCAUCAGCACCAUCAUCAGUAACAGUGUCAGUGUGAUGAAGCAGCGGAGGACGGACACCUUCUGAUCUGAGACACUGGAUCAGCGCGCGGACAGGAUGACCGAGGUGAUGAACUCUCUGGAGCCGGCGACGGAGGACUUCAGUGGUGGAGGAGCAGAAGGCGAUCAGGCCGCAAUCUUUCCAGAUACCCAUGAAAGGUAUCCCAAGUUAUCCAAGAGGCUUCCGUCCAUCGUGGUGGAGCCGACAGAUGCGACCGAGGUGGAAAGCGGCGAGCUGCGCUGGCCGCCGGACGAGCCGACCUCUCCGGACGCCCAAGCCGAGAGACAGUUUGAAGAACAAACUGCAGACGUGGAGCAGCCAGAUGUCGGAGCGGACCAAGAGGCUUCAGGGGCCGAGAUGCAGGACUCCAACUGAACUGAAGUGAACUGCUCCAGUAAAAAGCCUCUGUUACUGUGAGUGAGUCCAGACCUGGAUGAAUGAAAAGGAGCCCAAUAGAAGAGCACCGGCAUAGACAGACCACAGACAGACGAGGACAGGUAGAAACACAGAUUCCCAAACCCCAGCUCUCGGGCUUGGAGCCAGAGUCGCGGCAGCAGCAGCUUCUGAAUACAUUUGCACAGGGUGUUUUUGUUUCCACGUAACAUAUGGAGCGCUAACGAAGGAGCCUUUUCUGACACAUGUAAGAUACUGAGACGACUGAAGGGACGGCGACGGCGACCUGAACGUCUUUUACUCUGCUUUUUGUCUAAAUCUUCUUUUCAUUAGAUGCUCUGGGUUUGGAAAUGAACGAAACGUUUAAUAAGCAGAAUUCAUUUCCAACUUUUGGCAGCAGGCUUAUUUUUAAUGUAUAGAAAUAAUGCUUAAAGGGGACAUAUUUGGUAUAUUCUGCACAUUUCCAGAACUGUAUCUAGAGAAUAGAUUUUAGAUUGACAGUCCAAAAACAGGUCAUUUAUCUCAGACUGAAGUAAAAUACAGCCCCUCGCUUCAAGUCUCUCACUAGAACAGUAACAGUAUAAGUAGAAUUUCACUUUUUUCACAUUUUUUGAAGCACUUUAACCCAUAAAGACCCAGUCCUACUUUUGUGUCAGUUCCCAAAUUAUUUUUUCUCUCCUU